AUGGGCCGCUUCGACCUCCGCAACAAGGGCCAGGCCGGCGUGCCCUUCUACACACCCGCGCAGGAACCCGCCCCGGGCACCGCCGCGGACCCGACCUCGGCCGCCACGCCGACGCUCUACAAGCCGCUGCGGAUGCGCUCCGUCGAGCUGCCCAACCGCUGGGUCGUCAGCCCCAUGUGCCAGUACUCGGCCGACGACGGCCACCUGACCGACUACCACCUGGUGCACCUGGGCCAGUACGCCCUCGGCGGCGCGGGGCUCGUCAUCGUCGAGGCCUCGGCCGUCGAGGCUCGCGGCCGCAUCUCCCCGCAGGACGCCGGCAUCUGGGCCGACUCCCACGUCGCGCCCCUGCGCCGCGUCGUCGACUUUGCCCACAGCCAGGGCGUCAAGGCCGCCAUCCAGAUCGCCCACGCCGGCCGCAAGGCGAGCACCCUGGCGCCGUGGAUCGCCGGCUCCGCGGGCAAGGUCGUCGCCGACGAGGCGCACGGCGGCUGGCCCGCCGACGUCGUGGGGCCGAGCCCCGUCCCCUACUCCGAGGACUGGGCCCCGCCGCGGGAGCUCACCGUCGAGGAGAUCCGCGGCCUGGUCAAGUCCUUUGCCGACGCGGCGGUGCGCGCCGUCGCGGCCGGCUUCGACGUCGUUGAGAUUCACGGCGCGCACGGCUACCUCAUCACCAGCUUCCUGUCUCCACUCUCCAACCAACGCACCGACGACUACGGCGGCAGCUUCGAGAACCGCACGCGGUUCCUGCGCGAGGUCGUCGCCGCCGUCCGCGCCGUCAUCCCCGCCGACAUGCCGCUGUGGGUGCGCAUCUCGGCCACCGAGUGGAUGGAGUGGGCGGGCGCGCCCUCAUGGGACCUGGAGCAGAGUCUGCGCCUCGCCCGCCUGCUGCCGGGCUGGGGCGUCGACGUCCUCGACGUCAGCAGCGGCGGCAACAACCCCAAGCAGCGCAUCGACCGCGCCCGCACCUACCAGACGGACCUGGCGCGGCGCAUCCGCACUGCCCUCCGCGACGAGGGCAGCUCCCUCAUCAUCGGCGCCGUCGGCGGCAUCGACGACGCCGCCUUCGCCAGGGACGUCGUCCAGGAGGGGCCCGAGCAGUCGGCCGACCUGGCCCUCGCCGCCAAGCAGUUCCUGCGCGACCCCCAGUUCGUCCUGCAUGCCGCUCACGAGCUCGGCGUGCCCGUCAAGUGGCCCAACCAGUACCACCGCGCCGAGCCCAAGGAGGUGCAGGCCGCGUUCAAGCUGUAG